AUGUCGUUCGUCAUAAAGUCAAUUGCGGUAGCCGGUUUCUUGGGUGGUCUUGCGGCCGCCUGGUCAUACCUUCUCCACGCCAGCGAUUCCUCCGUCAUCCACUCGCCGGUCGUGGAUCUCGGGUAUGCCCGAUAUCAGGGCAUUGCACUCAGUAACGGCAUCGAUGAGUAUCUGGGGAUGCGAUACGCCCAGCCUCCAGUCAAAGACCUGAGAUUUCGAGGCCCUCAGGAUCCAGAGUCAGUGGAGGAGGUACAGGAUGCGACCGCGUUUGGACCAGUCUGUGUCGGAGUCGGUCAACGUACCUCGAAUGCGCUGGGGGAAGACUGUCUCUUCGUCAACGUGUGGCGCCCAGCAAAUGCGACCGCCGAGUCCAAUCUGCCCGUGUGGCUCUUCAUCCAAGGCGGCGGAUAUGCAGAUGACUCGAACAAUAACUUCAAUGGCAGCCAAGUCGUCAAGCAGUCCGGGGACAACAUUGUCUUUGUCAACUUCAACUAUCGGGUCGGGGUUCUGGGGUUCUUAGCCAGUGAGAAUGUCCGUCGAGAUGGAGAUUUGAACGCUGGUCUACUCGACCAGCGCAAAUUGCUGGCUUGGGUGCAACAGCAUAUUCAACAAUUCGGUGGAGAUCCUCACCACGUUGUCAUUCACGGCGACUCGGCCGGCGCAGGCUCUGUGGCCUUUCAUCUUGCAGCUAACGGUGGAAAAAACCUGGGUCUCUUUGUUGGCGCAAUUGCCGAGUCGCCAUUCUGGCCGACUUUACGCACGGUAGCGGAGAUGGAGUUUCAGUACGAGCGAUUUGUGGAGGACGUGGAAUGUGGUACGGUCAAUGAUACGCUUGCCUGUCUUCGCAGCGUCGACAUCUCCAAGAUCAUGAAUUACGACGUUGACAUGCCGUUCCCGGGCGGAAGCGACUCACCAAAGCCACUGUGGUACUUUUUGCCGGUGGUGGAUGGUGUCUUGAUUGUCGAUCGACUCUACAACCUUUACGAAGAGGAUAAAUUCAUCCACGUGCCUUUGAUGGUGACGGAUGAUACAAAUGAGGGCACAAGCUUUGCUUACAAUGCUUCAAGUCCGCAGGAAAUCGCCCAGUUCUUGAAGAACAAUUAUCCAGGCCUCAACGCCAGCCAACUAGAAGAGAUCAACCAAGCCUAUCCGCUCAUGGAUCCUCUCCCGAAGCAUGCUACAUACUUCCCUUCGGCCGCUCAAGCGUACGGUGAAGCGACAUUCACCUGUCCAGGUAAUCACAUGGCCUCUAGCAUGGCUUACUACUUCUCCCCCAGCCAGGUCUGGAACUAUCGCUUCAAUGUUCUAGACCCCGAGCAGGUAGCAAAUGGCUUGGGUGUUCCUCAUGUAUUCGAGCUUCCUGCCAUCUUUGGACUAGGUAAUGCGGGAGGGUCUCCUGGGGCGUAUGCCAACAUUAAUGCCGAGAUUGUCCCUCUCACAAUGGACUACACCAUCAGUUUUGUGAGGGCACUGGACCCGAACGUCUACCGAUACUCGAGUGCGCCCCUUUGGCAGAGUUGGGGCGAUGGCCAGGGACGACGGUUGAAGAUUCAGACCGGGUCAACCGAGAUGGAACCUGUGCCUCAAGAUCAAGUGGACCGGUGUGCGCUCUGGAAAAAGUUGGCUCCGUCUUCUGAACAGUGA